AAGGAUUCAGAAGCCGAGCGACGUCCAUGGCGGGGUUCGGAGACCGAGCAAGCCCACGGCGGAGCCUGGAGGCCGUGCGACGCCCUCGGCAGAGUCCGGAGGCACCGGAGGCAUCCGAAGACACCUGUCUCUCGUUAAUGCCAGGAGCGGCAGAACGAGGCAGUAUGACAGCUGCUCGAGCUACUAGAUUGUAUUGGAUGCCUGGAUAUUGUCACCUCUCAACUAUAAAUUACAGUGUCAAGCUUCAAAUGAAGUGUGAUAGCGUCUCAAAAUCAUUUUCUAUGGCUUUUUAGUGCGACUAGUAUUUUAUCAUUUCAGCUUGUGUUUUAAAAUGGUCUUUUUCCAACCACUACUUUUAAAACAUUUUAUUAUGUAUUUCAUAAUGAUGCUUUUAACAGGAGCACAUCUGGAAGCAGGGCAGGUGGAGGCCCAGGGAACAAAUAAAUGAGCUCUGAAAUGUGGGUGUGUGCAAGCUAAUCUGAAAGAUACAUGAUUAAAUAGCUUAUCCUAUUUCGAUCCUCACUAAAGAUGUUAGAAAUGCUCAGAUACAAAGACGUUGAUCCUUUUGUCUCCCAAAAUGCGUUCGGAGGAGAAAAUAAACGUCCAUAGACUAAAAUAUACACAUUGUGGAUGUGAGCUUAGUAUCUAAUCCUCUCAGUCAUAUCAGCAUCAGUUGAAGACGUCAUGAUUCUGUAUAUGCGCAGUGACGAGAAACGGGAGAGCUGAUUUAACCUGCUCACCAUGAGAACAUCACCCCACAAGAUACCAUACCCUACAGUACAGUAGAUAAUCCGGAUCCCAGCCCUGUGUGUGAGAGCGCAAUUGAGAGAGAUGCACAGCUCCCAUUGGUGUUACAUUUCUGUAACUGAUCUUCAGGAAGCGGUAAAGUCGGAUGCGCUCUGAGUCGCAUCUCUUUGAUACAGCGAGUGCUCUGAAGCUACUAAACACAACAUGCAGCAAGUGUUGGGUAACCUGAAGGAUUUGUCAACCUCCACUAAGGCCAGUGAUCUCGACCUCCUUUUCCUCAAAGGCAUUAUGGAAAGCCCUGUGUUCUGCUCUCUUGCCCAGGUUCAUGAGAAUUUAGAGGAUUUGAAGUUGGAGGCAGUGCAGGAUAAUAACGUUGAACUUGUGAGUGAGAUUCUAGGGAUAAUUCGUGGUCUGACCAUUGCAGACAACAGUGCUGCAGAGUUAUCAAGAAUACUUCGGCAGCCUCACUUCCAGUCUCUCCUGGAGGCCCAUGAUAUGGUUGCAUCAAAAUGCUAUCAGGCUCCUCCUCCCAUCGAUCCAGCCAUUGCGACAGCAGCCAACAAUGCACUCAUGCAACCCAAUGCUGUUAGAAUGAUCGGCAUUCACAAAAGAGCAGGAGAAUCUUUGGGCGUCACAUUCCGGGUGGAGAAGGAAGCCCUUGUGAUCACUCGAAUUCUCUACGGUGGAUUGAUUGACAGGCAGGGGCUACUCCAUGUUGGUGAUAUCAUAAAGGAAGUGAAUGGGCAGCAGGUGGGCAACAACCCAACUGAGCUACAGAAGAUACUGAAGGACUGCAGUGGAGGAAUCACUUUUAAAAUCCUUCCUAGCUACAUAGAUUCUGCAAUACCACCAUGGGUUUAUGUAAAGCCCCAUUUUGACUACAAUCCAGCCAAUGACAUCCUGAUUCCAUGCAGAGAGGCUGGUCUCACCUUUAAAAAGGGUGACGUUCUUCAGAUAGUCAACAGAGAGGACCUGAACUGGUGGCAGGCAUGUAAUAAAGUGGAAGGAACUACAGGGUUGAUUCCCAGCCAGUUACUGGAGGAGAAAAGAAAAGCUUUUGUUCCAAAAAACUUGGAUACAACAGGGAUCUUAUGUGGAACACUAAACAGUAAAAUGAAGAAAAAAAAGAUGUACAUUACUUCAAGGAAUGCAGAAUUUGACCAUCAUGAGCUGCAGGUCUAUGAGGAGGUAGCAUGCGUGCCACCAUUCCAGAGGAGGACAGUGGUACUAAUUGGGGCAAAGGGAGUGGGCCGCCGCAGCCUGAAAAAAAGUUUGUUGGUAUGUCAUCCUGACCGCUAUGGAACCACAGUACCAUUCACAUCUCGAAGACCUCGAGAGGACGAGCACAAUGGUCAGACUUACCAAUUUGUGACAAGGAAAGACAUGGAGCUUGGUAUUAAAUUAGGAUAUUUCUUGGAGCAUGGCGAGUAUGAUGGCAACCUGUAUGGCACCAAAAUAAGUUCUAUUCAUGAGGUGGUGGACGGACGCACCUGCAUCCUGGACGUCAACCCUCAGGCUCUGAAGGUGCUGAGAACAGCAGAGUUUAUGCCCUAUGUAGUGUUCAUAGCGACUCCUGAGCUCGAGACCCUAAAAGUUAUACACAAAGCAGUUGUUGAUGCAGGAAUCCUCACCAAGCAGCUAACAGAUGUGGAUCUAAAGAAGAGAGUGGAUGAAAGUGCUUACAUUCAGCAGACUUUUCAACACUACUUCGACCUCACCAUUGUGAAUGACAACUUUCACGCUGCAUUGGAAACACUACAGGCAGCUUUGGACAGACUUUAUUCUGAACCACAGUGGGUUCCUGUCAACUGGGUUUACUGAAGGUAAAUGUCAGAGGAUUGUUGGUGAUAUGGAUGAUGACAUGCACGUGACCACUAUAGAAGAUUUUUCAGAUGAAGAUAUCCAUUGACGUGUACUUUUGAAUGUAAAAGUACAAGAACAUCUGAUUUAUCAAAACUGUUGUGGAAGUGGAAGCUGUGGUUUGGUUACUCAAGGCUGGUGUUUCCAGUAAAGUCGACCAAAUGAGUGAAAGAUACACAAGCACAAAUACAUUUUAUAUUUUUGUCUUUCACAGAACACCAUGUUAAUAAGUCCAAAUGAACAAGGGCUUUUUCCACAAGAGGACAAGGGCUUUCAAGUCAAGAAGAAGUGUUCCUGUACCUGCAUAGAAAACUGUGGGCAAGAAUGUCGUGGAUUGGAACCGAGGAAAAAAAGAGGAAAUAAAACUUGUGAAAAACCAUGUCAAUGGAAAGUCAUAUUCCUACCAUCUGAAAUAAAUAUGGCUGAAUACAUGAUUCAUUCUAUCUAUCUAUCUAUCUAUCUAUCUAGAUAGAUAGAUAGAUAGAUAGAUAGAUAGAUAGAUAGAUAGAUAGAUAGAUAGACAGACCGACCCAAUUCUAAAUUUAAGUUACUGUCUAGGAGGUGUUUUCUAACUUAAGGCAUUUUUAAUGUUAUGUUAGCUAUUGUGCCAAGGUGCAUGUAAAUGAGGAGAACUGUAUUAAGAGUUUAGAAAAAGCAAAUCAAUAAAAAAUGUAUGGAUUUGCAUCUCA